UGCCGGCUGAUAGUUUCCGGUAGUAUGGCGACUGCAUCCUUAAAUGCUCUCACUGCGUCUUCUUAGUUUCUCCAAGGAGGUGCUGAGAGCCAGUGUGGUUCCUUCCAUGUGGCUUGAGGGACUAUGCUGCUUCUGGUAGCUCUUUGCCUGCUCUGCACUUAUAAAACCGUCUCGGCCACAGACAGCAGCCGCACGCCACAGCUGGACUACAGCAGCCUGGCUCUGCCACAGCGACAUAUUCCUUACUUUCUGUACAACAACAAACCUCUGGCCAAAAUCUGCAAGGAGGACCCACUUUGCCCUUUUAAAGAUGCUCUGCUGCUCAAGAAGGCCUGUUGGGGGUAUGAAAAGACCUGCUCCGUUGAGCACAGGUUCAGCUAUCCUGUGUGCACCAGUCUUGAUUCAGGAUGGGCAAACUCGAUUCAGGCAGCCCAGGAACUGUUCUGGAAACAGGCAGAUUUCGGUUACGUGAAGGAACGUCUCAGUGAGAUGAAGACAUUGUGCAAGCCGUCGAAACCCGCUGAUUCCUCUCUGAAGUGCUCUAGUCAUAUGCGGUUCUGCAGGGCCACAAACCUGUAUCUGGACCUGAGAAGUCCCCGCAGAGGUCACGAGAGGUAUAAAGAGGAUUUCCUGGAGCAGGGUGAGAUCGGCGGUCACUGCAGCCUUAACAGUAAAGCUUUAGAGGCAGAAGGGACACAUAAGAGUCCCCUACAGUCUUGGUUUGCUGAAUUGCAAACAUAUUCAGAGCUUGACUUCCAUCCUCUGGAUGAUGGCCAUUGUGAUGUUAUCAUUGACAGACCAACUGUCUUCAUGAAACUUGAUGCAGGAGUGAACAUGUACCAUCAUUUCUGUGACUUUGUUAAUCUCUACAUCUCCCAACACCUUAACAGCUCCUUCAGCCGUGACAUAAACAUUGUCAUGUGGGACACAAGUGUAUAUGGAUAUGGAGACCUCUUCAGUGAAACGUGGCGAGCCUUUACCGACUAUGACAUCAUUCACCUCAAAAACUUAGACUCCAAAAGGGUUUGUUUCAGAGAUGCGUUUUUCUCUCUCCUUCCACGAAUGCGAUACGGCCUUUUCUACAACACUCCUCUUAUCUCUGACUGCCACAGUGAGGGGCUGUUCAGGGCCUUUUCUCAGCAUGUCCUUCAUCGACUCAGUGUCCCACAAGAUGGACCCAAGCAGGGCCGGGUUCGUGUCACUUUGUUGGCAAGAAGCACAGAGUACCGUCGCAUAAUAAACCAGCAGGAGCUUAUCAAUGCCCUGAAGACAGUGCCUUUAUUUGAGGUCAAGCUGGUGGAUUACAAAUACAAAGAGAUGCCAUUUCUGGAGCAGAUCCGCGUCACACACAACUCUGAUAUCUUUAUUGGGAUGCACGGAGCCGGACUGACCCACCUCCUCUUUCUUCCUGACUGGGCCGUCAUUUUUGAAUUGUACAACUGUCAGGAUGAGAGCUGCUACCGUGAUCUGGCCCGACUGAGGGGAGUCCAGUACAUGACUUGGCAGAAAAAGGACAAAGUGUUCCCUCAGGAUAAGGGUCAUCACCCUACUCUUGGAGAACAUCCUAAGUUCACCAACUACGCUUUUGACGUGGAGGAGUUCAUGCGUUUAGUUCUUCUAGCGGCUGAACAUGUGACUCGACACCCGGACUGGAGAGCAAAACAAAGCCGAGAUGAACUGUAGCGCGUAAGAUGUGGAGAUGAACACACUCCUGCAAACUCACUGCACUGCUGUUAAUGUAGCUCAUGAAAAACCGACCGCUCAGAAGUGAAAGCACAAUUACAUUGCAGAAAAACAAAAACACAUGCGCUGUUUCUGCUCCUCUUCUGCUCAUGGAGGAGCUCAGGAGUUUCCCAAAAGACUCCCAUGUCAAUUGCAGACUUAUUGCUUGGAUGUUUUGUGUGGUCAAACAUACCUCUCCUAAAGUCAACCCAGGCUCGUUCUGUACCGCUAUAUACAUUUCAGGAGAGCGUCAAGUACAGAAAGGAAGUUUUUCACAUUUUUUUUCCCCACGAAUCCACCAGGGGCCGAUGUGUAUGCUUUUUGAGAUCACAGAUUUCUCUCACAAGUGCCACCAGAGUCCACUGUCAACUGACUGACUGAAAAAACUGACUGAUCCAUCCUCCUCCUUCCCUAAACCCAACCAAUAGUGUUUUCAAAAGCACCUAUUGACCGGGAAAAAACUAACUAGUAACUGCAGGAAAAGCCAUCCAUAUGAAGGUAAGAGGUCAGCUGGUAAGUGCGAAAAGGAACAGCAUCAUACCGCCUAGUAUCGUUCGUUUUAAAGACGAAAUGCAGCCAAAUGUACUUUUGGCUACAUAAUUUGCGAUCUUCAGAAAUGUAUAUAGGGGAACGUUUUCAGAAUGAGCCUAUGUUGCCUAAAGUAAAUGUUCUUUAAUUUAGAGACUACACUUUUAAAAACUGAUCUGAGAGCAGCUUUAUGAUUUGUUUGUGACUGCCUGAGCAAACCCCAGGUCUGCAGAUCAUUACAAGUUUGUAAGAUGCUUUAGAGAUCAGUUUUUUCCUAAAAAUCCAGCAAUCAGGCUUUGAGAUUUGAGUUUAGAGUCUGUUUGGUAGCAUUUUUAAGGCAAGACACUGCAGGCAAAAACAUAUUUAUAUGCAUUUCCGCAGUUUUGGCUUUACAUAAAAUGUUUUUUCAGUCUAGUGGACAGAACACUUCCAACAUACACUUACAGUUGAAGUCAGAAUUAUUAGCCCCCCUUUGAUUUUUUUUUUCUUUUUUAAAUAUUUCCUAAAUGAUGUUUAACAGAGCAAGGAAAUUUUCACAGUAUGUCUGAUAAUAUUUUUUCUUCUGGAGAAAGUCUUAUUUGUUUUAUUUCGGCUAGAAUAAAAGCAGUUUUUAAUUUUUGUCAAAAUUAUUAACCCCUUUAAGCUAAUUUUUUUUUUAAUUGUCUACAGAACAAACCAACAUUAUACUAUAACUUGCCUAAUUACUCUAACUUGCCUAAUUAACCAAGUUAAGCCUUUAAAUGUCACUUUAAGCUGUAUAGAAGUGUCUUGAAAAAUAUCAAGUCAAAUAUUAUUUACUGUCAUGAGGGCAAAGAUAAAAUAAAUCAGUUAUUAGAAAUGAGUUAUUAAAACAAUUAUGUUUAGAAAUGUGUUGAAAAAAGCUAAUAAUUCUGACUUCAACUCAAUAUGUUUUUUUUGUCGUACUUUAUCUAUUUUUGUCUUUAGAUUUUAAUAUCAGUAUAUACUGUAUUUUUAAAGGCAGUUUCCUCAAAACGUUUUUUUUUUUUACCUCUGUACUAAGCUAUAAAUCCCCACUUCAGCAGCUCUUGCAUAUACCAACUUCAGUUUUAGUCAUAUCAAUAUUCUGGUGGUUUACACAGAGGAAUUUGUAUUUGAUCUUAUAUAUUCUUGCAUAAUUUGGCUGAUUAUAUAAAAUGCGUUAUUUAAAGGUGCAGUAGGUGAUCUGACAAAAUGCAAUCCGUUAGUAUAAUAUAUUUAAAAACAAAGACCCUAAUACCACAAAUCCGAACAAAAAACGGUAUUAUAUAUAGCAUAUUUUUAGUUGUGUAGCAAGCAAAACUUGUCAUAAUAAUUUCAUGCAUGCAAGGAUCACUGGUCUCACUCUCUCACACGUUAUGCUUAGUGGUUAUUACUAUCACUUAUUACUAAACCAUACUUACAUGCUAUUUCAGACCAAAUAUUCAGAGUAGCAUGGUAAACAAUAUAGGGAAAGUGUCACAGGUUGUCAUUGUUCAGAAAUGAUCCAAUGUGAAUAUUAAAUCAACUUCAGCGCAGUAAAGCAGGCUAGGCAGAAUAGCGCUAUUUAGUUAUGUUUUGUUGUUAAACUAAAUCAAACCCACAUUAUUGAUGCUGUAAAAGGUCCCUCAUGAAACUGAAAAUAGUCACAUCAAUUGUUCGCCGGAAGAUUUCAGUGGCUGAACAACACUUCUGUGCAUUUUAGGCCCACGCGAAAUGUGUGUGCGCAGAUUUCCGCAAAUUUUCCGCAGAAUUCAGCAAAUAUUCUGUAGAUUUUUAGCCCAUCAUUAAUUCUGUUUAUUUACUUGAGUAAACGUGUGUAAAUCUAUAUUUAUUUACUUUUUAAAUUAUUUACAGUAAUUUUAUUGACUGAUAUCAAAAUGUUCAUAUAAUUUAUGUACAAUGCAGUUUGUACAGUAAUAUUUUCUGUCUUUUAGUAGAUAUUUUAAAUGAGAGACUUGCUUUGUUUACCAAAGAAUGUGAAUCUAAUUGGAUUAGCAUUUUAAACAUUAAAUAAAAGUUACAAAGUUAUUAAGAUAUAAUUUUUUAUUUCACAUAUUAAGGUUUUAGUUAUGAUACUCCCAAAAUAAUUCCGCAGGAAAUCCGCAGAUUUUUACCAAAAUUUUCUGCAGAAAUAGCAAAAAGCGUCCACAGAUUCCGUCUGGCCCUACAUAUAACCCAUAAUAUAACACAAUCUACAUAAGCUUUGCGGGACUGAAAUAGUUUUAAAACAUGACAUUACCUGUCUAAAUGAAAUACUUCAGCCAUGGUGUCCUCCUUCCUUUAGCUUGCAAAAGUAACUCCAAUAUUGAUUCAGGAUUUGAAAAAGUUUUGAUUCAGCAUCUGUUUUUACCACUGUCACUCUCUCCUGUACGUGUGCACGCUCAAAUGGCGGAUCUGCGUGAACAGAGAUGCACAGAUGUACAAAUCUACAUUUGUUGACAGACAGUUUGGGCUACUUAUCAGAAUUAUGGGAAUUAUUGGCCCGACAAUAUUUAAUUGGAUUUUAUUGGAGUUUUAUGCCUUACCCAGUAUGUAAAAAUACAUAUAAAUACAUUUAGUUUAAUCAUUACUAUUGGAAUGUGAAGAGAUUUUUAACCAGCACAACAACAAAUGUUUCUGAAAACAAUCACCUACUGCACCUUUAAGUAAAUUCUUUUAAAACGGCACUUUAUCUCUGACUGUCCAUGGUUUUUUCUGAAUUAUGGAGUGAUAAAAAGAGAUUCGCAAUGUCUGCAUCUGUAAAAACCUUAUGUCGAUAAAAAUUACGUCAAAAAAAGUCAAAUGAAACAAGAAUUUUUAAACCAGACUUCAAAUAAUAAUGCAGUUUUUAGGAUAGAAAUGUAUGCAAAUUAGUGCUUAUUUAUUUAAAUAAAGCCAUAUUUGCAUAUUUAAACAUCCUAAUGUAACCAGUUGCUUAUAUAACUAUUAGUUAUUUUUUAUCCUGCUCGCCACCAGUGUUUUGCCUUAAAUAACAGCCUCUUAUUUAGCUUUUUAACACAUUAAUGUAAAAGAGACGACCUCAGCUUCAUAUUUAUUCCAGUGUCAGUUAUUUCUCUGUCUGUAGCCAGUGAAAAUAAGGAUUUUUGUAAGUGUAAAACUAUGUAAAGGGAUUCCUGACUCUGUUGCACUUCAGUAUUGCUUCAUCUCGUAAAGUAUUUUUUUUAUCAGUAUUAAGUGUCUGUAAAGUAGCAAACGUUGCUGAAAAGCAUCUGAGUUUUAAAUUCUGGAGUGAAAGUAUUUAAUGAAAUCUUUUAUUUUAAAGGAGUUUUUUAUUAUUUGCUCACAGUGUUUUGGAAAACAUCUGUUUUGUAUUUGAAUGAAAUUAAA